AUGUCAAGAAGAGGCUUACGAGAUGAAGAAAUCGAACGAUUAUUGUGUGAAAUUCCAUCAGACGAGGAUUCCACUGUUGACACCACAGAUGACGAAUCUGAUUAUGAAGCAAGCAUUGUUGCGGAGGCUAUUGUGUCGUCUGAAGGCGAAGUUUCAGAGAGCGAGGAAGAAAGUGAGUCCACUCCGCCAAAACGCGCUGCUGACACAGCGCCAACUUGGGGACAACAAUUCAAUGCUACCUCAGGAAUGCAGUUCGACAGUGAAUCAGGACCAAGUGCUUUUAUUAGGGACAUUGAUGAUCCAGAACCUAUCGAUAUAUUCGAAAAAAUAUUUCCAAAAGAGCUAGUUCAGCUAAUCGUUUUCCAAACAAAUUUAUAUGCGACGCAAUCUGGCAAGUCUUUCACUCCAACAACUGACAAUGAAAUACGAACUUUCCUGGGAAUCAACAUUUUGAUGGGUAUAAAGCGUAUGCCAGCAUACAGAGACUACUGGUCUAGUGCCCCAGAACUUCAUGAUCGUUAUAUUGCAUCUCUGAUGGCAGUAAAUCGGUUUGGAUGGUUACUGAGGAACAUUCAUCUGAAUGAUAACACAUUGCAUCCAGAAAAAGGACACCCAGGUUAUGACAAACUGUACAAGCUGCGACCAGUGAUCAAGAUACUAUCUGAAUCUUUUUCCAAGUGUUACCAACCCAGCAAACACCUAGCAAUUGAUGAGUCAAUGAUCAAAUUCAAAGGCCGCAACAGUAUGAAACAAUACAUGAGAGAUAAACCCAUAAAGCGUGGUUACAAAGUGUGGAUGCUGUGUGACAAGACCUCUUACAACUUGAAAUUUGAUAUUUACACCGGAAAAUUACUGCAAGAAGUUGCAGAGAGCAAUCGUUUCCCGGAAAAAUGCAUCAACAUUUGA